AGGUUUUGGACAGAGAGGGGGCUGGGUCUUCGCUCAAUAUUCUCCUGGGAAUGACAUGGCUAUACGGCGUCGUCAGUCGUCAAAAUCCUCGAAGACCCACAAUCAUCAACCUGUCGCUGGGUGGAGAGUACAGCGACACCAUGAACCAAUAUGUCCAGACAAUGGCCGAGAUCGGCAUUCUCGUGGUGACUGCGUCGGGCAACAGUAACAGUGACGCGUGCCUGGAGAGUCCUGCGAGUGCUGCACUGGCCAUCUCCGUCGCCUCGUCCGGGCGCACGGAUGAGUUCAGCAGCUUCAGCAACUGGGGUGCGUGUGUGGAUGUAAUAGCCCCGGGAGAGAACAUCCUCAGUGCGUCGUACACGGGAGAGGGUGCGUUGAUUAAGAGUGGAACGUCACAGGCGUGUCCGUUGGUGGCGGGGUUGGCGGCUAUCUUCUGGGAGAGCAGUCUGCGCAAUGGCACUAAUGUUACUAUACAGCAGCUGGCCGAGACUAUGAAAAACAAUGUGAACACCAACCUCAUCACCAACACGCCAGAGGGCACCGUUAAUAGCUUAGCCCAUGCCAGUGCCUGUUCACAGCCACGCGUUAACUCAGCCGUGCGUAUGCCCAUGUCUGUGGGACUGUUUGUGGCUGCGGCCCUUGUCUCUGUAGCACUGCUGGCGUAGUGUUAGUACUGUCCCUGUCACUCGCAUUGGCCUGCUGCACGGGUGAGCACUCGCUGCCGUUCUAUGCUGCUCGGUGGUGUGUGUGUUGUGGGUGUGGGUGUGAUCACGCUUCGUCAACCUGUGCGUGCUAAUGGCAGAUGGUGUGCACACGCACCCGAGAAAAUCCAUUGGCGGUCGUGUCUAUCCUGACAGUACAUUUAUAACCCGUGAGAAUGAACCAUGCUGAGUGCGUUGAGCUGCAAGGGAAGAGUCUCCGAGUGCAUGUGUAUGCCCCAAGCACUCGCUGUGGCAUUGAUGGUCUGUUCCCUGAACGCCACAGUAGCUUGGCACGGCCAUCUUGGUUGACAAUAGUCACCGAGUCUCUCACUAGAGGUGAUUAGUCCCAACUGAUUCGUAUGAGAUUGAUUCCUGUCACCUGUCAUUAAUAUACACUGUCUUGACCUGUCAUGAAUUGACACUGUCUUGACCUGUCAUGAAUUGACACUGUCUUGACCUGUCAUGAAUUGACACUGUCUUGACCUGUCAUGAAUUGACACUGUCUUGACCUGUCAUUAAUUGACACUGUCUUGACCUGUCAUGAAUUGACACUGUCUUUGCAUGAGCUGCAAUGACUGCAAGCGCAACUGUGCACAGCCACAGCUUCUGAGUAUGCCUGUAGGCGUCACAUGCCACUGUGAGUGUGUCUGUGGACCUCACUUGCAAAGGUUGCGAUGCUUUGGCCGGCGCUCACAGUGUAGUUCGUACACACCCGAAAGCCUUCGGUAGGGAUUACUACAUUGAGCGUCCAGUAGUGAUUACCAAAUAAAACCUUCAUUUAUUACGUCCUUUCCAUUAGCCUUGGGAAGGAAUGGAUUAUUACGC